AUGGCGAGUAAGCGCUUGUCGGUGACCGCGGUGCAGUCCUGGGCAGAGGCCUUGUGGCAGCUUCGGCGGGCCGUGGACGGGUGGGAUGAGUGCCGGCAGCUGCUUUUGGAGGCGCCCCACCUGGUCGCCCAGCGCGGGCGUAGCGGGGCCACGGCGCUGGUGCAGGCGCUGCGGCAGGCGGCUCCGGUGGACCUGGUGGAGCUAAUGCUCAGCUCGCCGGAGGCAGCUCAGGCAGCCAAGGCGCGGGUGCGGCACCAAACCGCAGCAGAUGUGGCGGAGGAGCUCAAGCUGGGUGAAGACUUGGUGGCACGCUUGCGGAGACUUGAGAGGUCCGUGCCAGACAGCCCAGGGAAGCUCCGCUGCCCCAGUUGUGGCGACGAGGUGAUGAAGCGCAGCCAGCUCACAAGGCUCCGCGAACGCGUUGAGGCCGGCGAGGAGGAGAACUGCUUGGUAAGGGACUUUUUCGUGGAUUUGCCUGUCGAGAUCCUGGAAGAGCGUCUUGCGCUGCACCGAGCGGCCAACUGCCACAACUUCCGACAGGUGCCCGGUGGAACACGGAGGGCAACGCUGGGAGUUUCAGUCAGCUGGGUGCCAGUCACUUGGUGGCUUGGUGGGCAGAGCCCCAUCAACGAGGCUUCUAGGUGUGCAGGAAUUGUUGACCGUGGCAUGCGAAUGGACCACAACAUUGCUGUUCCCUGUUUUUGA